CCGCUGCCGCGCCGUCCCCCACCAGCAAGACAGGAGGGCGUGCACAGAACGUCUUCAUCCUCCUUACGCCCCAUCUUUGGCUGACGAAGUGUUGGUGGAGGCGGUGAUUCCAGGGCAGUGUACCAUCGCACAGAGUCGACUACACCAUACACGAAGGAGUCUGCUUCCGCAGCGUGCUGCUCGAAUCCGCUUCCUUCUGCUGCUCAAGGAGAUGGGAGACUGUGGAGAGUUCACUAUGAUGGCAACCCCCGAGGAAGGUGAUGACGACCUUUUUGGUGACCAGCUGGCGACCCUGACGACUUCACUUGGACUUCCACCACCUGAGUUCAGGGGAAAGCAACUACCACCCACCGCACCUGGAGAUCAUCGUUGGAUCAUAGAGGGAAAUGUGAGGGGCCGACUUGUCAGGACAGAGACACAAGAUAUAGUCUUCUACAAGAUGAGCCCCAAUUGGGAGAUUGGCGUAGAGAUGGCCAUGCAGGAGGCACUGGCCCGCACUGUGCAGACUUACCAACAUGAGAUGUCUCAGGGUUCUUCUUUUUAUGCCUUUGGGAGGCGCUUUGAGGAUGGGACAGCCAACAGGACUGCUGGAGAUCGUGUAGGUAUGGAUUACAGGGUUAUCCAGAUGGAGGACUUGGAGUGCCACAUCGUCAACUUAGAGGAAAACCUUACGGCUGAAAUGAGAAAGAAUGAGAAUUUGAGGGUUACCAUAGAGAAGCUGAAGCGGGGAAAUACAGAGUUGACCAUGGAGCUCUGUGAUAUGGAUGACAAGCUGAUUGCGAGAGAUACUGAGAUCACUGAACUGAAGAAUGCAAUGAUGCCUAAGGAGACCCCAGCAGUCCCACAUGACCAGGAUAUGCAGAAUGAAGAAGAAGAUCCAGAGGAGCGCAUUGCUUUUAUGCCAAAUGGAGAGGAGUUAGAGAUCGUCUCUGAGGAGGAGGAUACUCCCACGGGGAACACUCCACCCCAUCAACGUAGGACCAUAAGCACCAGGACCUACCAUGCUCUCCUCAAAAAGUGAUUAGAUUGAUCGACCACCAUUUGCGUCUUAGUGAAUUUGUUAUACAAGUUGAACCUUACUUCUUAGGACCAUUUUGUAAUGUUAAAAUGUAAGAGUUCCAAACAG